ACUUGUUGGUCGUGUCCACAUCACUGCCGCUUAUACAUUACAUUAUAUCCUAUAUCUGUACCCGUGUGACAGUAAAAUACAAGCCGAUCAUCUCUUUGUGUGUGACAGACUGCGGCCAGAACAAAGCCAGCAUUCCAGGAGGGGGGAUCAGACCCCGCGUUUCCCUCAUCGUCCGAGCCUGCGAAGCCCCACGGUCCCGCACUCUCCACAGCCUUUGUUAAACGCUCUCUAUAGACACGGCGCUGAAAGACAAUACCAUCUGUUGGUUACAGGAGAUGUGACUCACGGUGAAAAGCGAGCUGGAGAUCUGGCGCCCACCCCCCUGCAGAUUCCCUCCCAGACGCUUUCUGAACUUGGACCCCCCCCGGUGACUCCCGCAUCCUGCGAUAGGGCUGGUUUCCCCACCCAAGGGGAGAUGGAGCCACUCCAGCAGGUCUCCACCUCGGAGUGCCAGAUCUGCUUCAACCGCUACAGCCCUCGGCGCCGGCCCAAACUGCUGGACUGCCAGCACACGUGCUGCUCGGCGUGCCUGACCCACAUGCGGAGUGGGCAGCGGGAGCUGCGAUGCCCCUGGUGCCGCGGUAUCACACGCCUGCCCGCCGGCCUCCCCGUGUCCUGCCUCCCGGACGAUCCUGCUGCCAUCGCUGCCGUCGCCUUCCUGCGAGUCCCAGAGCGCGGUGCCAUCCUCCCAUCGCUGCCCGGGCCACCCCUGGGCGGCACCGAUGAGCCACCCAUGCCUCUGGGCACCCGACAGAAGGGCGUAGCCGCGGUGACGAUGCCCGAGACAGAGGGGGACGUGGCAGAGCGCCGUAGCGCGGCCAGAAAGGGGCCGGCCUGCCCCGGGGUAUGCACCGUGCUGCUGGUGGCCUGCGUGCUGCUCUUCCUGCUGGGCAUCGUUCUACACAACAUGUCCUGCAUCUCCAAGCGAGUCACGCUUGUCCCGUGCGGCUGA